CAGCACAAAGCUACACACACACACACACACACACACACACACUCUCAGAGAGAGUGGAACAGACAGAGCCCGAGCACAGCGUUCAACAGCAGCCGACUUAAACACUUCCUUAAAACACCAUUGAAGGUUUUGAAGUCGUACCUCCGUGAAGACCGUUGUUCAAAACCGGUACAAACUCGUGACCAGCGAGACGCUUUCCAGCUCCGCGGAAGAGGAGGCUUUGGUGAGUGGUCGCCAUGGCACCCUUCCUGCGUAUCACCUUCAAUGCUUAUGAUAUUGGCGCUUUGACUCUUCCGUCUGACCCUCCCAUCUGUGCCGUCAAGAUGAAGGAGUCUGUCAACACAGAACGAGGAAAGACCUUGGUCCAGAGGAAGCCCACCAUGUAUCCAGCCUGGAAGUCCAGUUUUGAUGCUCACAUCUAUGAGGGGCGUGUCAUUGAAGUGGUCCUCAUGCAAAACACUGAGGUGCCAUUGGCCAAGGCCACGUUGGGCGUGUCUGUACUGGCAGAACGCUGUAAGAAGUCCAAGACCAAUAGCCGUGUUGAGUUCUGGGUGGACCUGCAUCCUUCAGGGAGGGUCCAGAUGGCUGUACAGUUCUUCCUGGAGGACAGUGAUGCAGCGGUGUGUCAGCCAUCGGUGAAGGUACCUCCUGAUGAUGGAGCCAUGACCCUCAACAGGAGGAGAGGAGCUUUCAAGCAGCCAAAGGUUCACUUCAUCAAGAACCACGAGUUCACCGCCACCUUCUUCGGCCAGCCCACCUUCUGCUCUGUCUGCAGAGAGUUCCUCUGGGGGCUUAACAAGCAAGGUUACAAGUGCAGACAAUGCAAUGCGGCAAUCCACAAGAAAUGCACUGAAAUAAUCAUUGGCAGGUGCACUGGGACAGCGACCAACAGUCGUGACACUGUGUUCCAGAAAGAGCGCUUCAAGAUUGAUAUGCCACAUCGCUUCAAGUACUAUAACUACAAAAGCCCCACAUUCUGUGACCACUGUGGCAGUCUGCUGUGGGGUCUCUACAGACAGGGCCUUAAAUGUGAAGACUGUAGCAUGAACACACAUAGUUACUGUCAAUCAAAAGUGGCCAAUAUGUGUGGAAUCAACCAGAAACUACUGUCAGAGGCUCUGUCUCAAGUCUCCCAGAAAUCUAUAAAGAAGCCUGAAAACUCCAAUGCAGCAGAUAUUGGGAUCUACCAAGAAAUUUCUAAUGCAACAGCAGACCCUAGUGCAGAUGGCAAUGACAAGGCACAACAGGGCUUGAGCCCAGCCCCAGCCGCACCUACAGUUCCCCGAGUACGCCUCACCAUCAACCACCUGGUAUUCCACAAGGUGCUGGGAAAAGGCAGCUUUGGCAAGGUGCUGCUGGCAGAGCUGAAGGGGCAGGGGCAGUACUUUGCUGUGAAGGUUCUGAAGAAGGAUGUGGUUCUCAUGGAUGAUGAUGUGGAGUGUACCAUGGUCGAGAAGAGAGUACUGGCCCUCGCCUGGGAGAACCCCUUCCUCACACACCUGUUCUCCACGUUCCAGUCUAAAGAGCACCUCUUCUUUGUUAUGGAGUACCUGAAUGGAGGUGACUUGAUGUUCCACAUUCAAGACAAAGGUCGCUUCGAUCUCAACAGAGCCACAUUCUAUGCUGCUGAGAUAAUAGUGGGACUGCAGUUCCUCCAUUCAAAAGGAAUUAUCUACAGAGAUCUGAAGCUGGACAAUGUGAUGCUGGACAAAGAUGGACAUAUAAAGAUAGCUGACUUUGGCAUGUGCAAAGAAAAAGUGUUUGGAGAGGCCAGAGCCACCACAUUUUGUGGGACACCAGACUAUAUCGCACCAGAGAUCCUGCUAGGACAGAAGUACACCUUCUCAGUAGACUGGUGGUCUUUCGGUGUGUUGGUGUACGAGAUGCUGAUUGGUCAGUCACCUUUCCAGGGUGACGAUGAGGAUGAGCUGUUUGAGGCCAUCAGGUCGGACAUCCCUCACUACCCUCGGUGGAUCACCAAGGAGUCUAAGAGCCUUAUUGAACUGUUGUUUGAGCGAGAUCCCACUCGCAGAUUGGGUGUGGUGGGAAACAUCCGUGCUCACCCGUUCUUUAAAGUAGUCAACUGGCCAGCGCUGGAAAAGAGAGAAGUGGAGCCUCCUUUUAGGCCCAAAGUGAAAUCCCCCAGUGACUGCAGCAACUUUGACCGAGAGUUCCUGAGCGAGAAGCCGCGGCUCUCCCACGCAGACAAGAACCUCAUCGACUCCAUGGACCAGGCUGCAUUCGCUGGCUUUUCCUUCGUCAACCCCACUUUGGAACAAAUAAUAAGCAAAUGAAAAAACUAAAUGGCUCCCCUGGAAACACGAUCUUAGCCCCACACUUAUCUCAUGCUAUUCCCUUUAUUUUCAUAUGGUCUAAGUUCAACUGGAUGGAUAAGAAGAAGUACAUAAAAAGAUUUGGGCUUGACUAUGACUUCUUUAGUUGAGAGAUCAAAUGAAACCUGGAUGUUUGCUGACGCUAGCAAACUGUAUAGGUGUAUAAAAGAAUAUAAAGCUCCAGGAAAUUAUGGGAGAUUCUUAAGAAACCAGUGCUACCAUAAUCAAUGCAGGACGAUUGUCAAUGAUGCAUUUUGUCUUUUCUUAAUUUUCUGUCAUUUUUCCAUGUGAUCACACUUUGAAUCUAUACGAAUCAUCUAAUGUACUGUAUCUGAAAAGUUUUUAUUCACAGGCACAAGCAUGACACCCUUAUUUAGUUAUACGACCAUAUACACCCAGCAUUGCACACCCAAGUCAAAGAGAAUUCAGUGGUGCAUACCAUAUUUACUCUCACCCUGUACUCUGCCUACUGUAUGCCGCCUAUUACACCCCACCUGUGUGUGUGUGUGUGUGUGUGUGUGUGUGUCUGUGUGUGUGCAUGCUUACAAGUGUGUGGGUGUGUGCAGGUAUAUUUCUUUCUUUUUUUUUGUGGAUGCAAUUGGUGCUACUGUAAUCUGUAACUUUGUCUGUUGUUGAAUGAAUCCUCAGCGGGUCCCUCUGGCUGAAGGAUAGAUAUAGGAAUCAUAAAAAGAGCUAUUCUAUAAAGUUGGAGGAAAUUUAAAUCCCUCUGAAUUGAAAUAAUGUUAUAGCAGAACUGAUUAGCUUCCUCCCUCGCUAACUGCACUGUCUUGAGAAAGGAGGUGCUCUAAGCACACCCCAGAGUCUCACAUACCCUCAAAAGAGUUAAUGUGUUUUGGGGUUUUUUUUAGCACAGGAUUUCUACAUGGCAGCCUUCUAGUCUAGUCUUUUGUGUGCCACUGGUGUCAAACCUCUUGUUGUAUAUAUAACUGAAGCAUAGAACAAACAAUCAUUCCAUACAUAAUAUUAAUUUCUGGGCUAGCAUCAGACUCACUGGAAGGUUGCAGCAAUGGUAUGAUACCUGUACACACACACACAUAUAUAUAUAUAUAUAUAUGUGUGUGUGUGUGUGUGUUAUGAAGGAUGUGUUAUUUUAUGUGGGAAGGGUAGGCAUUUCACUGUAAGCAGAGGGUCUUAUAAGUGUGAUUACUUGAAUGUAGGAAUUUUAACAUGAAAAUAAUAGUGCUGUAUAUGGAAAAUGAAUGUGUACAUUACAAUGCACUGUCUGUGAGUUAUGGGUGUACUUUUUUUACUCUCCUCAUUUAUCUUUUAAAUCUGAUUAUAAAUAAAUACACUGUAAACUCUCAA